AUGCCUGUUCAAAACCUUAUCGAAUCCAUUAAAUCUACUACUACUACAGAUUUAUUCAUUUUAUUCACGGCUACCUGUAUCGCUACCUAUGUUUUUAACUUUUAUUACAAAUACUUUACUCGUCCCAAUCCACUCCCUGGUCCAUUUCCUCUACCAUUUAUUGGAAACAGUCAUAACUAUAGAGAUGUAAAGAAAUUCUAUGAGGAAUGUCAACAAAAAUAUGGUGAUAUCUGUGAAUUGAUGCUCGAUCGCAGAUAUAUCAUUCUUUCACGACCGGAAGAUAUUAGAAAACUUUUUACUCCUACGCAAUUUUUCCAGAGAAUUCCAGAUUCUCCAGGUAUAAUUGAAUUGGGAAUGUACAACCAUGCAAUUAUCUUCAACGAAAAUUAUGAAAGUUGGAACUACAAUAAAAGGUUCUUUACUGAGGCAUUAUCGACUAGAUUUAUUGAUGCAUCUAUGAUAUCUAUAAAUCAAAUCUAUGAAGAGAUGUGCGGUUAUUGGCAAUCUCUUGGGAGACAUAGUGCUUCAAUGAAUAAUAAUAAUAAUUGGACAUUAGAAACAGAUUUUUCAGGAUGGUUUCAUACAUUUUCUAAUGAUGUUACUUCAGUACUUGCUACUGGAACACGCACGCAUGCAAUUACUUCCUUCUAUAACACAUUAAGCAUUAACAAAGUCGAGCUUUCUAAUGCGUUAAUUCAAGAUGGUACCGACUUUUGUAAAGCACUCGUAAAAUUUCUGGAAGGUUUCUUGUUUUUCACGUUCUUUAGUCCUUUUGUUCGGCAUUACGUUCCAAUAUUCAAAAGCAAAUCAGAUUCGUAUUUAAAAAACCGUGAUUACUUGUUUAACAAGUUUGAUAAUAUGAUCAAACAGAGAAGAACUGAAAUCGAAGAAAAGCCGGAGACAAGAACGAAAACAGAUAUGCUUACUUCCUUAAUUACAGCACAUACUGUUGUUGAAGGUGAGAAUUUUAAGCCUAUGAGUGAUGCAAAUAUAAGAAUGAAUCUGCUAGAAAUGUUUAUAGGUGGAUCAGAUACUACUGCAGACACAUUCUGCUUCAUAGUCUACUUCCUUUGUAAACAUCCUGAUGUAAAAGAAAAAAUGCUUGCAGAAAUUGAUUCUAUUGUACCUACAUUUUCUGAUAAAUUAUCUUACAACGAUCUCAAAAGACUAAAAUAUUGUGAUGCUAUAAUUAAGGAAGCUAGUCGUUUAAUACCAGCUGUACCUUUUGCAUUCCGCCACAUUAUGACUGAGUGUAAAAUUGCUGGAUAUCAAUGGCCAGCUGGUACAAGUUUUCAUAUAAAUUUUGCUGGAGGACAUAUUCACCCUGUGAGUUGGGAUAAUCCUAAAACUUUUAAUCCGGAUAGGUGGCUUUCUAAUUAUAAUGGUAAUAUCGAUAAAGCUGCUUGGAUGCCGUGGGGUGGAGGUAAACGUAUAUGCCCUGGAAAAAAUCUGGCAAUUAUCGAGUUACUUUUAGUAAUGUCUUCAUUAUAUAAAAAUUAUAAUGUUGAGUUAGUGAAUGAGCAUGGGCCAUUGAAAAUUCAUACUCAAAUAAUUGCUAUCUGUACAGAAUUGAAAGUUAGAAUUAGUCCUCGAAUUUGA